AUGCUGGAUGGCCCGGAGGGAUCAAUAGAUAACGGUUUUGCGACGAGCCAGACAGUGGUCCGGCAAUCCCGCAAGGUUGCCCAGGUCAAACGGUCCAUCCUAACAACAAAUCGGACGGCAUUGGACACGGUCUUUGAGCAUGCAGAGGAGACCUUCCACGUUUACUGCCACUAUCCUGCAGGUUCGAAGGAGUGCGAGCGUAUCUUCGUUGAUGGUGUUGAAGACACGAUUAUUUCCCUCCCUGAUAAUAUUGGAGACGGGCCCUUCGGUUGCAUUGUAUAUAUGAGACCAGUAGGUGACGGCUUCCAAAUGCCCCAGCAUCACUUGGAGCAUCGGUCGCUAGAGGGGAUUCGGAAUCCCGUGUAUGAGAUCCGAGUGGACUACACCAACCUCCUAUGCUACUGGGACCAGAUCACGGACUCUCCUGUUAGUCGGGUCAAACGAGGUCUUGAUAAACAAGAGCUUACACAGGAAGAAUGGCGAGCUCGUGUGCAGCGCGCUAUUGUCCACGACAACCAAGUCCGCAAACGUGACGAGAGCAUUCAGGUCAAAAUGCCAAUGGAGUACUCCAGCCCCCAUAUUAACAAGUGUUGGUGGGGUGCAUUCCGAGACUGGCUCAAGAAACUUCCUUGGUGUCAUACCCCUGGCUUCCACCAUACGAUUAAUCUCAUCCGGGCACGAUGGGGCUGCCCUGGACAAACAUUCUCGGCUGACCUUCAGAUGGGCUUGGAGGCAAAUAUUGCUAUGGAUGCAAGAUAUGCUUACUAUCUGUCUGUAACCUUUAUUCCACCGGGCAAACCAGAGACCUUUGCCUACUUUGGUAUGGAACCAACUGCUUAUUUAGGUCUGCAUAUUGAAGGUAACGCCCAGAUGCAAACAACAACGGGUAGAAAGAAGAUUAUCGAUACACUAUCAUAUCCGGGAUUGGCUGUAAAAGGUACCGCCGCUAUCGGGCCAACUCUGGGUAUUCGUGGUAAGAUUACUUUGCACGGCCAGGUCGACGCCGGCGUGACACUUUCUUUCGGCAAGGCAGAACGAACCAAAGGUCCAGCGCCCGGAACCGUUAAGCCUGUCUUUGAGGCGGGAGCUAUAGUCGACGCCCAGCUGGACAUCCUUGUCACUCCCGAGGCCAACAUCGGUCUCAAAAUUGGUGGUGGCACACUUGUAGGCAGUGCUACCCUUAUGGAUGCCCAGCUGACUGGGUAUGUAACGGGCGAUCUCUCCUUCCAAGCCCAUAGUGAUUACGACACAACUAUUAACACAUACAAAUACCGUUUUGGCUCCUAUCUAUUCUACAACCUCAGAUAUAAAGCGACAGCCAAGAUACUGAAUUUUGUUGACUGGGCACUGGGUCCACGCAUGGCAUACUCUCCGGACAAAACUGUGAAGCUCUACGAAAAGCAGGGCUCUAUUCCCCUAGCAAAUUCAAGGAAGAAUAGACGAAGUGUACCCAAUGACGUAUCCACGGGACUGAUUAAUACCUCAGCGCAUGUUCUGAUAAACAAUAGCAUGUCUGCUUAUCUUGAUCCGGCAACAGAGCUAUUCCGACGCAAAUAUCCUAUGGACACAGGUGAGUAG